AAAGUUAAAACAAACAAAAUCAAUUAUGUAACCGUGCACAGUAACUCAUGAAUCGGAACACUUACAUCCAUUGGACAAGACACAAGACAGCAAAAUUGAAGAGUCAACGAAAGAAAUGCACAAAUUUUGAAGAUUAAACUAGAACAACAAAAGUGGAACACAAAUCUGGAAAUUCUAAACCCCUUUUUCAUAAUCUCUCUCUUCAAAAUUUCUUUGAUUUAUCCAACUCCUCCGUAAUAUAUCAAUUAAUAUACAAAGAUUUCUCCUUCCUUAAAUCCUAACCUUAAAUUCCUGUCACACUCAAAUCUUCUUCUUCUUGUCCCAGGUAUUGCAAUACAUGGAGAUAUUUAAACAUCGAGUGAUAUUGUCAGGUUCUGGCAUUUGCUGUAUCAAAUUUUAUAGUUAAGGGUGUAUUGAUGGAAGAAGAAACUUUUAUCCGUUGUCUCAACAUACAUCAAAAUAUUACAGGAGAUUAAUGUUUUAGAGUUCCAUGAUAAUCCGAAAGACAUCCCACCGUCCAUCAAUUGCAUACCGACCGAUAGGACCUUCUGAUCUAGAAAUUCUUCAACAACUUCAUGCAGAUCUCUUUCCCAUCAGGUAUGAGUCUGAGUUCUUCCAAAACGUUGUCAAUCGUCAUGAUAUAAUUUCAUGGGGAGCUGUUGAUCGUAGUAGGCCCAGUGCCCAGCGUGACGAACUUAUUGGAUUUGUCACCAUAAAGACUGUUCUAGCAAGAGAAAGUGAGAUCACUGAUUUGAUUAGAUAUGACUCUAGCAGAUCAGAUCAAACUCUUGUUUACAUUCUCACCCUGGGAGUAGUUGAAUCAUAUAGGAAUUUUGGCAUAGCUUCAGCACUGAUCAGAGAGGUCACUAGAUAUGCUAAAACUAUUCCAACAUGCCGAGCUGCAUAUUUGCAUGUGAUAUCUUACAAUACUCCAGCCAUGUAUUUGUACAAGAAAAUGUCAUUCACGUGUGUAAGAAGGCUCUAUGGGUUCUAUCUCAUUCACGGCCAGCACUAUGAUGCCUAUCUGUUUGUGUACUAUGUAAAUGGUGGUCGAUCGCCUUGCUCACCACUGGAGCUCGCUGUAGGUGCAGUAAACUAUUUGAGAACUACUUUGAAGUCAGUGGUUGGGAGGCUAUGGAGAUACGACGAUAAAAAGCCGUGGAGAUGUAGAGAAAGUUGUGGUAUCAUCACACCUUCUCAGAGCAAGAGGAAUCUCGUCAAUGAAGGUUCUACCGAGUUUCAGUGUGUAUGAUUUGUAAAAACUUGAUUAUGGUUUAGUUUUGCCAUGAAGCUCAAGUUGGUUAAAUUGGUUUGGAUCUACCAAUUGAACAAACAAAUAAUCUUGUGUUUAUUGUAUCUCAUGUGCCAAAGUGUGCUGCUUUUUCAUUGAAAGUAGUAGUUCGAUAGUAAUGUAUAUCGAGUUGAAUUUUAUUCCCAUACAGGCAUAUACUAACUUAAGAUUAUUGUCCCGAAAA